GUGCGUGCAGCAUUGUAAAUUUACAUAUAGUUGCCGUUGAUUUGUUUGAAGGUUUGCAUCAAUGCGCCCUCCCCCUAUUUCUUGUUUGUCUUUGGUUGCUGGUUCCAUUCCAGAUAUGUAGUUAACAUGAGAUUGUUCAGGGUCAUGCGGAAUGAAAAAGCAGCAGUGUCCCGACGUCUCUCCCCCGUAUCUGGAGGAUGCAGUCAGGUCCCUGCAGCUCUACAUGGCCUGUCAGUCCAUGCUCAUCGUUCUGAUUGGAUCUACACCACAAUACCAAAUCCAGUCAAAGGACAGCGCCCAGCCCAGCCAGCAGGUGCAGCUCCAACACCCCACCUUCACAGAAGAUGUGGACUCCAUAGUGACCGAAUGGCUCCUCGUCAAGCAGCAGGCUUACAAGGUCGGGCUUGCUGGAUCGCUGUUUUUUGCUGGACUUCUGGUUGGGAAUGUGGUUUUUGGACCGCUGUCUGACAAGAUCGGCAGGAAGCCCGUCUACCUGACAGGUCUCUUCCUUGAGGUGGUUUUUGGUUAUGUGACCGCUUUGGCGCCCAGUUACGAGGUCUUCGCCGCCUCCCGUCUCCUGGUGGGGUUGAUGAACGGCGGCAUCGGCCUCGUCUGCUUUGUUCUCACCCAGGAAUAUGUGGGCAAGUCGUACUGGGCCAUGACAGGGACGCUGGCCAGCAUGUCAUUCGCUGUCGGGAUAGCACUGUUCGCCGCUCUGGGAUACUUCAUCCGGCCGUGGAGGACGCUAGCCAUGGCGGCAAACUCCUCGGGCGUUCUCUUCUUCCUGCUGUCAGUUAUGCUCCCAGAGUCUCCUAGGUGGCUUUAUUCCCAGGGCCAGACGGAGCGAGCCGAAGAGGUUCUGAGGUACAUGGCUCAGAAGAACUCCAACAAGGCCAACAACCUCGUCCUGCAACGUGUCAGUGCUGGUAAGGCUGGUUACCAUGACAACAGGCGCUCUGGAGUCCUGCAGCUCAUCGUCCAUCCCGUGCUCCGCCUGCGGACCGUGGUCCUCAUGUAUGUGUGGUACGCGUGCAGCUUGGUCUACUAUGGUCUGACUCUGGGGGCCGGCGACAUGUCCGGGAGCCGAUACCUGAACGUCGCCAUGUACGGCGUGGUGGAGCUGCCUGCCUACCCGCUCUGCAUCUACUUCAUCAACAAGCACUGGGCUGGCAGGAGGAAGAGCAUGGCCGCCUUCCUGUGUCUGGCAGGCGUGGCGUGCCUCUGCACCACGCUGGUCCCUGAUUCCUCCGGUGAGACUCUGCUAUAUAAAAGCGCCGGAGGACUUUUCCUGAGCGUCACGUCAUUGGCUCUCUUGGGGAAACUGAUGGUCAGCGCCGCCUUCAACAUCGCAUACGUCUACACGUCUGAGCUCUACCCAACGGUCAUCAGGAAUGCAGGUUUGGGAGUUUGCGCCAUGUCCUGCAGAGUUGGAGGAAUCCUGGCCCCAUUCGUUCCCUCUAUGCGGGCUCUGCACACCUCCAUGCCCUUCACCGUGUUCUGUCUGAGCGGCCUGUCUGCUGGCUGUCUGGGCCUCCUGCUGCCUGAAACCCUCCACAGACCUGCAGCAGAAACCCUGGAGGAUCUGAGCAGCCCGAACCAGGCCCGGGUUCUGGAGACCAAGGCUCUUCUUUACGACAAUGAAUCAAACCACUUGUGACCUCUCCCUCCUCCAUGCCGCCUCAGAGCCGUGGACUGCCCCUGAAAGUACCUCAGAAAGAAUCCUGUCGUCUUUUAAAGCUGCGACAUUCCUAGCUGACAGAGAGGAGGCGCCCUGCCUGCAGACAGAGGCAGGUGAACGGGAAACCGUCGUACCUUCCUCACUUCUUCAUGGAGCCAGUGGCUUAUUCUGCAGAUGACAGGAGUUCAAGCUGUUAUUCCACAGUGGAGAGUUGAAGGGAAAAGGACUAUUGAGCAUUUUGCCAGCCAGGUGUUUCCGCCAUAUAAAAAUGUUCGCUGUUUUCAGAUAGAACUGCACGUGUGCCAGUGGUACAGCAUUCUGUCAUGAUGACAUAAAAGGCCAAAUUCACUGUCAGUGCUUUACUCUAGUCUUCAAGUUUGCCAUAAUUGUGUCAGAAAAAAAUUAGAAUUAAAAAAUGUUUUUUUGAUUUGUUUUCAGAUUUUUGAAGACACUUAUGGGUAUGUUGCAGUGGCGCCUAGAGGCCUGUAGGAGGAGCUGUUUCCACUUUUGGAGGGUUCUAAACUCAGAUGUUUUCUAAGUUUUGUUUAUUUAGUUUGUCUCAAGACUACAUGGAAAAGGAUUGUUUCCAGAGAGAAAACCUGUCAGUCUAUGACAGUAGUUUCUGCAUUAAAACUGUGCCUGUGGCAUCAAAGCACUUUGGAUAAGUAGCAUUUAGGGGAUGAAGUUAAACUGAGCAGAUUCAGUUUCUGUAGAGAAUUUAAGAUUCUAGGUUUGUCGAGCUUUUUAAAUUCCAAAAGUUUUCCUGUUAAUAACUUAAACAUCUAUUUCAUUCCUGCAGAUUUCAGUUCAAAUUUCAAUGGACCAAAUUCUCCUAAAUAAAUAAAGAUAAAUAAACUGUCUAUCAUAUUUUUGGAUUUGUACUUUGUUUACUUAAAAAAAACAUUCCUGUCUUGUAAUGGAAAGAAAAUUGUCGUUUUUGAGAAGAGACUGCUGUUUGCUAUGUUUUCUUUUGUGUAAAAUUUCUAUUUGUGAAUGAAAACUUGUCAAUUAUGUUUACGAUUAUUGUCUGUGUCUAACAGACUGAAAGAAAACUUGUUAUUGCAAAUGAUUGUUUACUUUCAAAGAUUUAUUUUUGUAAAUAACAGAGCUUAAAUAAAGGGAACUAUUUGAAUGUUAAAA